CUCGACAGCGCGCCAUUCAACGACAUCAAGAUCCAAACAGCUCCAGGUUAUUCGAUACCGACAGCCUCCAUCCUGUCCAUCAAAAUGAAGGAUGAAAAUGGAAAGCGAAAGGCAUCGGCCGACCCAUCUUCCCCGGCGGCCUCGAAGCGUAUUAAGCAGAACGAAUCAGCGGAGCCGGAGAAGAAACCCCUGAAGAUACCGGCAAUCCCAUUCCCCGAAAAGCCUGCAGUUAUCGAGGAGCGCAACGGCGAAAUAGAGUUUCGGGUUGUCAACAAUGAUAACGAGCGGGAGAGCCUCAUAAUCCUUACGGGGCUCAAGUGCAUAUUCCAAAAACAGCUGCCAAAGAUGCCCAAAGACUACAUCGCGCGACUGGUCUACGACCGGACCCACCUGUCCAUCGCCAUCGUCAAGAAGCCACUCGAGGUCAUUGGCGGUAUCACUUACCGGCCGUUUAAGGGGCGGCAGUUCGCCGAGAUUGUGUUUUGCGCCAUCUCGUCCGAUCAGCAGGUCAAGGGGUACGGCGCGCAUCUCAUGUCGCAUCUGAAGGACUACGUGAAGGCGACAUCGGACGUCAUGCACUUCCUAACGUAUGCCGACAACCACGCGAUCGGUUACUUCAAAAAGCAAGGAUUCACCAAGGAGAUUACGCUGGACAAGUCUGUCUGGAUGGGAUACAUCAAGGACUACGAAGGCGGCACUAUAAUGCAGUGCAGCAUGCUCCCGCGAGUCCGGUAUCUAGAAAUGGGGCGGAUGCUGCUAAAGCAGAAGGAAUGCGUCCAUGCUAAGAUCAGGGCGUUCAGCAAGUCGCACGUCAUCCACCAGCCGCCGAAGCAGUGGCAAAAGAGCGGGCUGUGUGCCAUCGAUCCGUUAACAAUCGAGGCGAUCCGGGCCUCUGGGUGGAGCCCGGACAUGGACGAGCUGGCGCGCCAGCCGCGGCACGGGCCCAACUACAACCAGCUCCUCCACCUCCUCAACGACAUGCAGAACCACCACAGCAGCUGGCCGUUCCUGAUCCCCGUGAGCAAGGACGACGUUGCCGAUUACUACGAUGUCAUCAAGGAGCCGAUGGACCUCAGCACGAUGGAGAGCAAGCUCGAGGCCGACCAGUAUGCCACGCCCGAGGACUUCAUCCGAGACGCGAGGUUGAUCUUUGGCAACUGCCGCAAGUACAACAACGAGAACACGCCCUAUGCCAAGUCGGCCACCAAGCUGGAGAAGUUCAUGUGGCAGCAGAUCAAGGCCAUCCCGGAGUGGUCACACUUGGAGUAGAAUGGCGCCCUACUACUAGUCGCGUUAUUAAUUUUUUAGGGGGCUCAUGGAUUGAACCCUGCCUUGGCUUGGUCAUUGGGAAAGUCAUCAGUCUGCGUGGCGCUACGGUCUGCCGGUUGGUUGGUCUGGAUGGCAUGGCUCGCCGGUUCUUUGUUCAGGGGCUCAGGCGUUCAAGGUCAACAAGGAAUAUGGGAUUAUGAAGGCAUGAAUCAGGAAGGGGCAAAUUGGCCAGCUCUACUGCGUACAAUAGGGAAGCCAGUGUAGCAUAACAUGGAACUAUUUCGAACGCCCAGUAGCUCGAGUAAACCAUUCAAAGGGCUAGCGGAAUCUUAUUUCUGUGUAUGCCGGCUAAGUAGA